AUGUCUCCAUUUCGGGUCCGCAAAAACAUUGCCGCUCUCGAUCAGAAAGAGCUUGACGAUCUGGUACUUGCAUUCCAUUUACUUCAAAAAGUGGGUCCAGGAACGGCGGAGGCUCCAAAUGAGGAUUCCUUUUAUACCAUCGCAGGUUAUCAUGGCCAGCCCUUCAGGGGUGCUGGCUAUGGAAAUCGAGAUUGGUGGGGAGGGUACUGUCAUCAUGGCAAUGUACUUUUUCCUACCUGGCACCGUGCGUAUGUCCUUCGCUUGGAGGACGCCCUCCGCAAAGUUUCAAACAAGCCGAAUCUAGCUUUGCCAUACUGGGAUGAGAUUGCCGACUCAAGUGGAUUCUUCGACAAUCUCGGUCGAAUUGCAUCCGACCAAGUCGGCACCACGACCAGAAGGGUGGAUUACAGCAAGCCCAAAAAGUAUGAAACAGUUCGAUGUCCUUACUCUGGGCUUGUUGGGAAAGAUGACAAGGACGCUACAGAGAAUUAUAAUGCCACCAUUAGCGAGGCCCAGGCAACCGUGCAGCUCAAUAGAAAUGUACAGUACUGGCUAAGAAGUCCCGCUACGAAUUCAGUCCCAGGCAUGCGUCAGCUUUUCAUCGAUGCUGCCUGGAAGGCUCCCAACUAUACCGUGUUUUCCAACACCACAUCAGCUGCUAAGUGGAACGAUGAUAAAUUUGCUCGUGAGGCUGAAUGGGAGGAUGACUUUGUAGUUUCCGUGGAGCGGCCACACAAUGGAGUUCAUCUGGCAGUUGGUGGAUAUGAUAUGCCUGACAAGGAUCGUCACCGAUUAACUCCCUCCCAAGCAAACGGGGACAUGGGCGAGAAUGACACGGCGGCGUUCGAUCCAAUCUUCUUUUUUCAUCACUGCUUUAUUGACAUGGUCUUUUGGCUCUGGCAGUUUCAUCAUGAGGCCACAGAGAAUUUUGAUAUUAUUCCGUUCUACCCCGGAACCAGUCCGAUUGAUAGUCAAGGUCCAACUCCGGGUAUGAGUGCUGAUUCCCAGCUCAACAUGGAAACCCCGUUAACCCCCUUUCGCUACACUACAAGGGGUGUUGUGAACAUUCAGCAGCUCGGAUACAGCUACGAUUGCGAUCAAUACCUUACGAAGACCCCCCCACCACCACCAAUCGAUGUCCUGCCGCUACCAGUACCGCCAGUCACAGCUUCAGCGCCACCCAUGUCACGCUCAGCUGUACGGGUGACGGGUAUCAGCCGAAGCCAAAGACUGGGCUCUUUUGUUGUGGCUAUUUGGGCCUUCCCUUCCGACAACGAGCAUGAUUGGGCUCACGCUACUCUAGUUGGGCUCGAGCCGGUUUUCAGCCGGUGGCAUGUGCCAGGUUGUGCCAAUUGCAGCAACUCUCUGACGGUAACUUUGCAUGCACAUCUACCACCCGGCCCAUCCCCAACGGGCUCAGACAAAUUUAAAGACAUACAUGAGAACGAAAGGAAACUGAAGAUUAUGGUGCUGGAUAACCAGAUUAUAAAGGACAAUGUAGGCGUGCCCCGCAAAAGGAGGGUGCUCAACCCCAUCACAGGUGACAGCACAGUGGAUCCAGGACCUUGGAUUGAGAUUAGGAAGGUUUCAGGUUGA